UCCUCUCUGAAUGACAAUUCCAGAAGCAGGGAUGAAAAAUUUAGUUUGGUUUCCCGCAGCUUCAACGCCGAUGAGCCGCAGUCGAAGAACUUCAAUCUAACUGAAUGGAUUGGCAUGGGGAAAAGCGGAUCUCACAACUUGGCUAAGCGGAAGCUUUGGAACUGGAUUUCUUUAAUUAUGGUUUUACUUUCCUUGCUGUUGCCACCAGCAUACUGCCAGCAAUGUCGGAUCCAGCGCUGCAACUCGGAGUACGUGGCCUCCACAUCGCCCUCCGGUGGCCUGCAUGACGAGGGCGGCACGGUGACCGACGUGGACUUCUGCACAGCGCUGCGCGCCUACUCUCAGUGCACGCGCCGCACGUCCCGCGGCUGCCACGGCGACCUCACCUACCACGCCGCGCUGCUGAGCAUCCGGGAGCUCUUCUCGCAGCACAACUGCUCCAGCGACGGGCCCACGUCGCCUGCCAAGGCGCCCAGCACCUCGCGGCCCGUCGCCUCGCAGCUGUGCGACUACGAGAGCCGCGCGCUGGCCCAGGGCCCCGCCGGGCAGCACAAGAAGUACGCCCACUGCGGCCUGUUCGGCGACCCGCACCUGCGCACCUUCCGCGAUGAGUUCCAGACCUGCAAGGUGGAGGGCGCCUGGCCGCUCAUCGACAACCGCUACCUGUCCGUGCAGGUGACCAACGUGCCCGUGGUGCAGGGUUCCAGCGCCACGGCAACCAGCAAGAUAACUGUGAUAUUUAAGGCGUACCUCGGCUGCACCGAGCAGAAGGUCUACCAGGCCACCACCGAGGACCUGCCCACUGCCUUCCAGGACGGCUCGCGUGGCAGUGCCAGCGCUGGCAGCAGCGGAGGGAGCGAGGCGGGCAGCCUGUGGAUCUCCGAGCACAACGGCGGUGUUGGCGGCCGUCAGGUCAGGCUGCAGGCGCGCCACAUCGGCACGUCCAUCAUCGUGCGGCGCGUGGGCCGCUACCUGACCUUCGCCAUCCGCAUGCCCGAGGACACGCUGGGGCCGGCCGAGGAGAGCGGCGGCCUGCAGCUGUGCCUGCACGGCUGCCCGCGCAACGAGCUCAUCCAGGAGCACACGCUGCACCGGCUGGGGCCCCCCAACGCCGUCCCCCAGGGCCCCGCGGGCCUGCCGCUGCCUCACCAGGCCUACAGCGUGGAGCGGGCCACGACCAAGUGCCGCGAGACGCUGCAGGUGGAGGACGUCUACUUCCAGUCGUGCGUCUUCGACCUGCUCACCACCGGCGACCCCGAGUUCUCCAUGGCCGCCUUCGGGGCGCUGGAGGACCUCAAGGCGCUGCCGCCCAGCAGGCUGAAGCAGAACCCCCCCAGGACACCCAACAAUGUGCCCAGCGCCGGGGGCUCGAGCUCGGGUGCGCAGGGCUCCGCCGUGGGCACCCAGGUCUCCACACACUCCCUGCUCCUCCUGCUGACUCUGUUGGCAGCGCUGCUGCUCGUGUAAAAACGGACUGGAGGAAGGUGGACCCAGAUGACGACAGCUUGAGGAAAAGAAUGCUUUAAGAGAGUGGACGCCUUUUUUUUUUGUCUGGAACGAGAGCGUGCUGGGUUUGACCUUCACGAGGAGGAUUCCUCUGAGCGGCAGCAGCAGCUGCCAUCCGGGAGAAGAGCUUGGGAAAACACUACGAAGUCGGAGCACAUGGACCAUUUUCAUUGCUACCAUCUGCCAACUUCCCGUGUGACUUGUAUACACUUAGGAAGUAAAGAUAAAAACACACUAGUCUGAAUGUGAACGGAACAAUUGCAUGGGUUCCUGGGAUUGUAAAGGCAGCUAUGCAAAAUGUACGAAAAAAAGUGAUUUGAGGCCAAUGUGGACAGAUGGCAGAAUUUCGGUACACAAACGGUACACUUCGCGACACUACCCUACACCCUACAAAUGCGGCACUGGCAAAUCACAAAAUAAUGCAGAUUGUUAUUCUCUUUCGUUCUGGUGACACAACUGUCUGGUCCCUGGUAAACAUAUAGGCCUGUGUGCAGUACGCAGUUAGUUUUUGGAAGAUCGUAAGGCACUUAAUGGUCAACAUUUUAGAGCCCCGUAAAAAUGGCAUAUUUGUCGUGAAUAUGUCUGAUGGGAUCCAACAACUGUUAGGAAAUGCUACCUAUAAUCACAUGUUCUGAGGUUGGCGAUGCUGGUACGUUGAAAAGAUCUUUGUUUACAUCUUUGUUUAGAUGUUUACAGCAGUUCAAAAACAAACACUCCCUUUUCAAGCUGCUCUGCUUCCUUCAUUGUUUUAAGAUAAAGAAACAAAUUCUUUAUAUAAUAAUAUAUUGAAAGAGUGUAUAUAUGUGUUUAUAAUGUGUACAUUUGCCUGUGUAUAGAUGAUUUAACUGUGAUGUGUUACAUACGAUGUGAUCUAGUGCUUUGUUUUUUUUAAUCCAUAUUAUAAGUGAACUAAUAUGUUUUCCAUUGUAAUCCCUUCCAUAUUAAAAGCGUUGGGCACA